UCUGGUUGUUCAUUUACGAAAUAGAGUUCGUACAUAAAGCUAUAUGUAUUCACAUAUAUAAAUAAAAAAUAAAUAAAAUUACAAAGAUAUUGUAAGAUAAAAUUAAUCGAAAAAAAUGGCAAUAUAUUUGACAUUAGGCGCGUUCUUAUUGGCAACAGGUUUAUCCAAAGGUCAAGGUCAGAUAUUGAAGGACACUCAAGAUAUUUUGGAUACAAUAUUGUCAGGCUAUAAUUCAGAUAUCAGACCGGCAUUCAAUCAGUCAUUACCUGUAGAGGUUAAUAUCACCACGAUAUAUAUGUUUCACAUCACAGAGUUCAAAGAGGUAUCUGAACAAUUAACAUCUGUUUUAGUGUUAGACCUACUCUGGGAAGAUUAUCGGCUAACAUGGGACCCACUGGAUCAUAACGGUACGGAGUACGUGCAUAUACCGGUAACCAAAAUUUGGAAGCCAAGUCUGCUACUGACUAGCCCUGUUGACAGAAAUAGUCCGAUUGGUGACAAUCAAAAUUGGAUGGUCGUUAAAUGCUUCUAUGACGGAAGUAUUGAGUGGACAAUCCCUGAUAUCGUAACUUCCAGGUGUGGCAUAGAUAUCAGAUAUUUCCCGUUCGAUACACAGUACUGCAAUAUGCUGUUUAUUCCAGGGGGUUACUAUAAAGGAGAAGUGCUGUUAAUCGGCGGGGACGAAACAAUAAGUCUUAUAUAUUACACUGAAAAUGGCGCAUGGAUUUUAGAGGAGUCUCAAGUUUUAUAUGAGUACUCCUCUUUUGGUAUGUGAGAAUAUAAAAUAAACAUGAAACUUAAAAGGAGACCGCACUACUUUUUAGUAAAUGUUGUUCUUCCUAUUAUUUUCACCAGCUUCCUGAGCGGUCUUGUUUUCUUUAUUCCAUUAGAAAGCGGGGAGCGUUUGUCUUAUGCCGUUUCCGUUUUCUUGGCGAUGGCUGUAUUUAUGACAAUUGUUGGUGAAAAUAUUCCAAAAACUUCCUUAAACAUGGCGUAUAUGUCUUAUUUCC